AUGAAUGGGUUCCCAUUAAUUUCUUUUUCUACUAAUUUCUCUUUAUAUCUUCCAGGGAAGGAAUAUGGCAAAGGUGACAGCAGAUAUAUGAUAUCAGAUAAUUUUAUAAUUUGCGUGGAAACUGUCACUCUCUGUGUUUUGACUCCCCUCAGUCUUUGGACUGCAGUCGCAUUUCUUUCACGCCAGUCCCAUCGAUACGUGCUGCAGCUAGUGGUGUCAGUAGGUCAUAUAUAUGGUGACGUUCUGUACUUCUACACUGAAUACCGUAAUGGCUUUCGUCAUAGUGAGAUGUGGCACCCUACCUACUUCUGGUUUUACUUUGUCUUUCUGAAUAGUCUAUGGAUUAUCAUUCCCUCUAUUCUCACCUGGGAUGCCUGGAAGCACCUCAGUGCUUGCCAGAGAAUAACAGAUGCCAACAAGGUCAAGAGACAUUGAUAUUUUGCACAGGAGGUCAUAUUGGAUGGUACUUCCAGCCAUUCAGAGGUUGAUCUUGUAUUCCUCCUGUUCCUCUGCACUUGUUUAGAUAUUUUCUGUGGUUUCUCUGUUUAAUGGUGGUUAUUCUCUUCUUUAAAUAUUCAUAGCUCUUAAGCUAUGAGCUU